ACUCUUACGGGUGUACGUGCUUGAAUUAUCUCCUCCCAUGGCAGAAUAAGACAUGCGUUAAUAAAUCUAGUGUCUACACUUUUAGAUAUUUUGCAUUUCCCUUUUAUCUAAUUGCAUGCAUCUCUCGUUUGCACAAACACACCAUCAACAAAAUAUGAUGCAUCUGAGCUUGUAUUUUACCGUUGUUGCCAUUGCUCUUUUAUUUUCAUUUGCCUAUUCCACCCCAGAUACUCAUAAAAACUUUGUCGGAUGUCUUUACAAUUACCCCCAUAAUACCACCUCAAUCUCCAAGGCUGUUUAUACCCAAACCAAUUCUUCAUACUCGUUUACACUAGACUUUUCCAUUCGAAAUCUCAGGUUCUACAACGUAAGCUCAAAACCCCUUGUCAUUGUGACACCACUGGAUGUUUCCCACAUUCAAGCCACCAUAAUCUGUUCCCAACGCCAUGGCAUGCAGAUUCGAACUCGAAGUGGGGGCCAUGAUUACGAGGGUCUCUCGUACGUUGCGGAGGUUCCAUUUGUCGUCGUUGACCUCAUAAACCUUCGAGAAAUCAAUGUGGACGUAGAAAACAGCACUGCAUGGGUUCAAGCUGGGGCAACUAUUGGUGAACUUUACUACAGUAUUAGCCAAAAAAGCAAAACACUAGGGUUUCCAGCAGGCAUGUGCCCCCCUGUGGGCACUGGUGGCCACUUCAGUGGUGGUGGCUAUGGAUUCUUGAUGCGUAGGUACGGUCUUGCUGCUGAUAAUAUAAUUGAUGCACACAUAAUUGAUGUGAAAGGAAAUGUUCUCGAUAGAGCAGGCAUGGGUGAGGAUCUGUUUUGGGCCAUUAGAGGAGGUGGAGGAGCAAGCUUCGGAGUCAUCGUGGCUUGGAAGAUAAAACUAGUUUCGGUUCCAUCAACUGUUACAGUGUUCCGAGUUCCAAGGACAUUGGAACAGAAUGCAACCGAGAUUAUUCACAAGUGGCAGCUCGUGGCAAAUAAACUUGACGAGGACCUAACCAUUGGGAUCAACAUGGCUAAGGUAAAUUCAAGUCAAAAUGGGAAGCUCACAGUACAAGCUCAAUUUGUGUCCAUGUAUCUUGGAGGUGUGGAUGAACUCAUUCCCUUGAUGCAAAAGAGCUUUCCAGAGUUAGGUUUGGUCAGAGAGGACUGUACUGAGAUGAGUUGGAUUGAUUCAGUUCUCUACAUGGCUGGAUUUACAAGCGGUCAAUCCACUGAUGUUUUGCUGAACAGAACUCAAUUACAGGGUUUGUCGUUCUUCAAAGCAAAAUCUGAUUAUGUGAGGGAUCCUAUUCCUGAUGUAGGGUUACAAUGUUUAUGGCCCUUCUUUUAUGAAGAUGAGGCUCAAGCUGCUUAUGUUCAAUUCACUCCUUAUGGAGGUAGGAUGGAUGAGAUUUCGGAAUCUGAAAUUCCAUUCCCACACAGAUCUGGAAACAUAUUCCAUAUUCAAUACGGGGUGGAAUGGCAAGAGGAAGGGGAAGAGGCAGCACAAAGGCACGUGGAGUGGAUUAGAAGAGUGUACAGUUAUAUGGAAGCUUAUGUUUCAAAGUCUCCUAGAGCUGCAUAUGUGAAUUAUAGAGACCUUGACAUUGGCGUAAAUAACGAUGGCUACACAAGCUAUAGUCAAGCCAGCAUUUGGGGUCUUAAGUACUUUAAAAACAACUUCAACAGAUUGGCAAGAGUGAAGACAAGGGUUGAUCCUCUAAACUUCUUCAGAAACGAACAGAGCAUACCUACUAUUGUGUUGAAGGGACGCAAAUAGAAUUUCUUGUGGCAACAAAUGCCAUUAUAGAAUAAGCUGCUUUGUAUUUUACUUAUAUUCUGGAUGGUAAUAAGGAACCGUUCGACUCAUUUGAUGUUCUGCCGGUGAAAUUCGCUUAUCUAAUGCAUAUUCAUAGAAGUGUA